CGUCUUGCCCGUCUCUGGGCAUCAAUCCAAGUGAGCUACUACGGCGGGAAGUACUCGAUCGAGCGCGUGCUCGCUCUUGACAAGUAUACUCGAAGUACGUCGUUGCUUCGUGUGGUUCUCGUCUGCGUUGGAACCCCCUUGCCUAUGGUGUUUUUGGUCAUGCUGCAGGAGCUCUUGCCCCUUCAAGAGCCAGAAGCAGGUUGGCAUCGGAACUACGGCUUUUGGUUCCGCGUCUUCAUGCUCGGAGUCUUUGUCUCUCAGUCCUACCUCGUUCAAGGGAAGUACAUGGUCGACGACUUCGCGUAUUCAUCACGGCAGCUUCUAUGCUUCGUAUUGGGAAUAUCCGGCAUCUACACGGGUGCUAGCAUGGUCGUAGGCGCGAAUCUCGCGUUCCCCAUCCCAUUCUUCUACAUCACGAUGACGCCAGCGUUCUACGUGCCGCUGCUUCUCUUACUCUACUGCAUUUUGGGUAAGAGCAGGAAGCUCACCAAGUACGUCUGCUUCAUCGCCACGCAGAAGAUCAUGGGCAUGCUGUAUCCGAUCUACCAGCUACUGUUUCACAAGGCCUCCACCACCGACUUCGUGCUACCGGUGAUCCUUCUACUACCUGUGAUCAAGAUCGUCGUCAAGAAUGUUGUGUUGUAUUUUACUCAUCACUUGGAAGACUUGACGCCUGAGGCUGUCAUAUUCACGGUGGAUUUCUACAACGCGCUGUACCUGGCCACGUGCAUGGAGAGCGCCUCGACGUUCCACGCCAUGCUGAUCUUCAUCGUCACGGACUUCGCUCAGACGGCGACCGUUCUACUCGGAAUGCAGCGACGGACUGCUACGAUUCUGCAGCGAUUGCGAGAAGCAACUGGCAUUCGGGAUAGCGACACUGUGUUGGACGUCCUGACCUCGAUGCUUCAAGCUCCAGCUAUACUCCAGACCCAAUAUCGGAGCGGGGUCCGAGUACGCUCCUGCUUCCGGCACAAACUGGAUCGAAAGGAUCUUCAACUGCUCUACAGACUCGAAAGACUUCCAGGGGACUUGAUCGAGCACUCGAAUAUCCUCCGGGAGACACUCGGCGUGCUCUACACGACGGAGUGUCUCGUGCUGACGGCCUACCUGGAAGCGUUCAUCCCUCUGUUCUACUGCACCUACAUGCUGUUCAUGGUAGAAUUGCCCAACGCCAAGUACCACACGGAGUUGAGGAACGUCACCCGCCAGAACGUCCAGUACACGGCUCGAGUUGUCUUCUUCUUUGGCUUUCUGCAGGUCGGAUCAUUCGUGCUGCUGACGCUGCUGAUCCGACGCAACUGCGGGAUAAAGAUCCUGUACAACUUGGCGUUCGUGCUGGAGACGCAGAUGGCGCUCGUGCAGGGGAAACUCAUGGUCUGGAUGCUCGUGACGUUGGCCUGUCGCGUCGUUCACUUUGGUAAGUCAGCCCGUUCACUUUGUACUUGGUAG